UUUCCCAGCAGUAUAUGCAGUCAGCCAACAGAACCCCUUAUCCUCAAGCCCUAACCACACCACGACGUCGUUCACUGGUCCGUCUUCCUUCUUUCGUCAUCGUUAUCUGUAAACCUCCAUUGAAGACAAUCGUUUUUUUGAUACUUCUUGGGGGGAAAAUGGGCAUUUUAAAGGUUCCCUCGAUCUCUUCUUGUUGUUCUACAAGAUUCAACACAAGAAAUUUCUAUCCAACUUCUUUAUUUUCUGCAAGUUCUAUCAAUUCAUGCUCCCGAAUUUCGUAUCCUUGUUCAAAAUUCUCAACACCCAGAGGAACAAGAAGAAACAGAAGAACCCUAAUUUUGUCAAAAUCGGCGUCUGAAGAAACAGAGGUCUCCACCGAUGAAGACGAGUGGCUCAAGAAUUUGCCCGACAAGAAGAAGCCAUUAUACUCACACAGCUUGCCUUGUGUCGAGGCAUGGUUGAAGCAAUUAGGGUUUUUCCAGAGCAAUGAUGAUAGAGCUGUUUGGUUUAUCGAGAAACCCGAUUGGCAUGCAAAGCUCUCUCUUGAUGUCACAGAUCUUUAUAUCAGGUAUGUAAAGAGCGGUCCGGGAAAUCUGGAUAAAGAUGUCGAGAGGAGAUUCAGCUAUGCAUUAAGCCGAGAAGAUAUCGAGAAUGCUAUACUUGGAGGGCCUUGAACCCGAACCCGAACCUUACAAGUUGAAGAUUGGUUGCGGAUUUUGUGACUUUUUUUAUGUCGUUAAUCGAAUGAGAAUGACUACUUAUUUGUUAGCAUAUCUUUGUUGUAAUUUAUGGUUAAAAUAAUGAAAAUCUUUUAAUAGAAUUGAUAUUUU